GAAAAAAUCAAAGCGGGCAACUGCACUCAUGGGUAGAAAAACAUAAACAUCAAGAUAAAAUAAAGUUGAUAAAAUAGACGUGAAGCACACUAUUCAUGAAAUAAUUUGAGUAACUAAUAGAUUGUUCAAAAUGUUAUUCCUUAUAACAUUUGUUUGUUUAGUGGUGAGGUUUUCACAAGCAGAGCCAUACAAAUUCCCUGAUCAUUUUAAAUUUGGUGUCGCUACAUCGGCCUACCAGAUAGAAGGUGCUUGGAACGUGGAUGGAAAAGGUUUCCAUAUUUGGGACAUGGCAACUCACAACCAGUCACAUCUUAUAUUAGAUGGAAGCAAUGCAGACAUAACUUGCAAUUCGUACUACAAGUGGGAAGAAGACAUAGAUUUGAUAAAAAAUUUAGGAGUUGACUUUUACCGGUUUUCUAUAUCUUGGGCAAGAAUUUUCCCUGACGGUUAUGUAACUAAUAAGAUCAAUCAAGCAGGAAUCGACUACUACAAUAAAAUAAUUAAUACAUUGCUUGAGCAUAAUAUAGAACCAGUUGUUACUCUAUACCACUGGGAUCUACCACAAAUAUUCAGUCCUUUAGGUGCAUGGACGAACCCUGCUGUCAUUGAACACUUUGCAAGUUACGCCAGAAAAAUGUUUCAACUUUUUGGUGACAGAGUUAAAAUGUGGAUUACUAUAAAUGAACCACGAUUAGUAUGCCAAGUUUUCAAAGGAUCAAUUGGUGACAUAACGCCAGAUUUUCCUUUGGGGAUAGCUGAGUACUUGUGUGCUCAUAACAUUGUGAAAGCUCAUGCAGAAGCAUAUCACAUUUACGACAAAGAGUUCAGGCACAUCCAAAAAGGUAAAAUUUCGAUAACUGUUGAUAUGACAUGGUGGCUACCAGAAAAUGCAAGCAGUAAGGAAGAUGUUCGACUUGCUGAACAAAACAUGCAAUUUGACAUUGGUUUGUACGUAAAUCCAAUUCUAAAUUACGACUACCCUAAAGUAGUUAUUGAUCGAGUAGCUGAAAGAAGUAGGUUGGAAGGGUUCCCAGAAUCUCGACUACCAAAGUUCAGUUAUCAGGAAAAGAACAGAAUAAGCGGGACUUACGAUUUUCUAGGCAUCAAUCACUAUUUCACUAUGAUUGUAAAAGCUAGUCAAGAACCUCCAGUAUCCAAAUCUGACAUUGAUAUAGAUUCUCAAGGGGAAAAAUUUCGGGAUCCCAACUGGGAACCAACUGGUUUAGAAAUAUUUAAAGUGCUUCCGGAAAGUUUAAGGAAUGUUUUGAAAUGGGUUAAAAAGACCUACCACGAUCCAGAAAUAUACAUCACCGAAAAUGGUUACGCUGACAACAGAGAAAUUAUAGAUGAUGACGAAAGAAUUAACUAUUUUAGAAAAUAUUUAAAUGCCACUGUGAAUGCAAUUAUUGAAGACAAAGUUAACGUUGUAGCCUAUACCGCAUGGUCCUUGAUGGAUAAUUUUGAAUGGAUACUAGGAUAUGAAGCAAAAUUUGGACUCUAUCAUGUAAACUUCACGGAUCCCAAUAGGUCCAGAACUCCGAAGAAAUCAGUAGAAUUUUUUAAGCGUGUGACGAAAACGAGAACGAUUAACUAAAUACCAAACUCAAAUUAGUCAAGAGUGACUUUACAGAAUUAAGUAAUUUAAUGAGAAUUUAUAUUGUUGUGUCCUUUAAAGAUGUAGUUUUAAUUGACUUCACAAACAAAUUUUAUCAACUAGGUCAUUUAUGUCUUAGGUAAUUAUGC